CUUGGGCCUAAACUAGCCCAUAUAUAAGAUCCAAUUUCACCUUACAUUCUCCUUCUCCUUCAAAAAUCACAAAACCCUCAUUCAUCGCAAACCCAACGCCGCCACCGCCGGCGAAACCUCUCCUCCUUCAUCUCCUUCCUUUGCGUAAACCCAGGUUUUAAGCUAAACAUGGCCAAGAAGAGAAAGCGCAGUGAAGCUGCUCAAGCUGUGGUACCGCCCAAAAAGGAUGAUGUUGCUCCAGAGAGACCAGCUAGAACCCUUUUGGGAUGGAAGGAUAAGAAUGUUGUCAAUCAAGAUGAUGAGGUUAACGAGAAUGGUCAUUCACCUGUGUUUAGGAAUAAAGAGAAAGUGUUGGUCACUUGCUCUAGGCGCAUUAUUUACAGGUAUCGGCAUCUGAUGUUGAAUGUGGUCUCACUUCUACCUCAUUGCAAGAAGGAUAACAAGGUUGAAUCCAAGGAAACUAAAGGGGCCACCCUGAACGAGCUUGUUGAGCUCAAAAACUGUUCCUCUUGUCUAUUUUUCGAGUGCAGGAAGGCUAAAGAUCUUUUUCUCUGGAUGUCAAAGUGCCCUAAUGGUCCGUCCGUAAAGUUUUUAGUUAGUGCUGUUCACACAAUGGAGGAAUUGAAGCUAACUGGAAAUCAUCUAAAAGCUUCCCGCCCACUUUUGACGUUUUCAACAAAUUUUGAAAAAGAUGCACAUUGGAAACUGUUGAAGGAGAUGUUGUUACAGAUAUUUGAAACACCAAAGGACCAUAGAAAGUCUAAGCCUUUCCAUGAUCACGUUUUUGUUUUCUCAAUAGUUGAUGACCAUAUAUGGUUCCGGAAUUACCAGAUCUCUGUUCCUCAUAAUGAGUCAGACAAAUUACCUCGAGGAGGCCUUGAUAAAAUGACAUUGGUUGAGGUUGGUCCGCGGUUCUGCUUGAACCCAAUUAAAAUAUUUGGAGGCAGUUUUGGAGGCCCAACUUUAUACGAGAAUCCAUUCUACGUGUCUCCAAAUCAGAUUCGAGCUUUGGAGAAGAGGAAGAAGGCUGGAAAGUUUGCAAAGAAGGUCAAAGCAAAGACAAGGCGGAAAAUGCACGAGAUGGCUAAUCCUCUGGAGCCUGAUGAGUUUGCAGAUAUGUGGAAAGAUUAAUUUGAACACAUCUGCGACUUUCACUAAAAGUAAGAAUCAAUAUUUUACCUUCUAUCCAGCAUGAAUUGGCAAUUUUGCUGGCAGCCCAUGCUUUAUAGGACCUUUUGAUGUUGUGAACUCCUUUAGAGGCUGAACUUCUGUUUAUCAACACUAUGAUCUUUAGCAUGAAAGGUAGUUUCUUCUUGUGAUUCCAUGUUAUUUUCUUUAAUUUUGCAAGGGUGUUUCCUAUCCAUCUUUAGUUGUAUGAUAUAUUUAUGCUAUAUAUAUUCUGAUAAGAUGUUGGUUUUAUGGAAAGUAAUAUUUGGUAGAGAA